UGAAAUUAUCGGAGUGGGGUACCAGAGCAAAUAUUUUCCGUUUUAACAGCUAUUCUCUGAAUAAACGAAUAGAGGUUAACUGGUGAUUAAAAUACCUAAUCGCUUUACACUUACACUAGCCCGCUGUUUGUGAAUGUGGCACGAGGAGUUUUUUUUUAAUGACCCAUGAUUAGCUUCCUUCACCAAACUGUAAAUCAGGGCAUCCACGUUACCCCGUAGCUCUUCUCUGAGUAAACUCCGAACGCGUUGCACUGAAAGCCCCGCACUGACAGACCAGAGAACAGUCCACAGAAAGAGAGAAAGAAAAAAACGCGGAGAAGUUUGCGUGAGAUGGCAGGAUUUUUGGACAACUUCCGUUGGCCCGAGUGCGACUGUAUUGAUUGGGGAGAGAGGCGGAACACUGUGGCCUCCAUUGUGGCUGGCAUUCUGUUCUUCACUGGCUGGUGGAUUAUGAUAGAUGCUGCUGUGUGUUAUCCAGACCAAAAAGAUCUCAAUCAUGCUUUCCACACAUGUGGGGUUUUCUCCACCUUGGCUUUCUUCAUGAUCAACGCAGUCUCAAACGGUCAGGUGAGAGGAGACACCUAUGGAGAGGGCUGUCUUGGCAGAAUGGGAGCUCGCGUCUGGCUUCUCAUCGGUUUCAUGAUCAUGUUCGGCUCGCUCAUCGGCGCCAUCUGGAUCCUCUUUGGAGCCUACGUUGUCCCCAAGAAAGAGGUAUAUCCAGGACUUGCAGUUUUCUUCCAGAACACACUGAUAUUUUUCAGCACUCUCAUUUAUAAGUUUGGACGCACAGAGGACCUGUGGGGUUAGUAACGGACCUGCAUACCCCCCAGGCCACCCCCUCUCUCCACCCUGCCCAAAUACACCCUCUUCCCAAGUGACCCAUCAGGUGGACCACCUCUUCAUGUGUGGGAAACCGUUCACUCGCACAGGUGACUUAAGGUAGAAUCUCUGUUCGCUGUGGACAGAGUCAACCGACUCUUCUCAUUGGGCCUCUCUUGUACCGUAGCCAGAAGAAAUGUAACAUGGGAAAAAUCCAAAGGUGAUUCAAAAGAUAACAGCAAAAAAAAUGAGACAAAGUUCGAGUGGAUGUAAAAAUUGUCUUGCUGAAGUCAGCAUCCCGCCAGAAGUGUAGUUGUCUUUAGAAAUGUUUUGUGUUUGGAAUGAAUUCUAACUUUUCCUGUUUUCUUUUGAGGCGGGGUGGGAGAUAUAUGAUGUGAUCAGAGAUAUUUGUGCUACUGUUUAGAAAUGUGAUUUUGUUUAGUGUUUAUGAUUUUUAUCCAAUUCUUUUUAUUUUACCAGUUGAGUUACUCACUGCCACUGUGUCAAUGUCAUUGCAUUAUAAAUAUUCUUAAAAAUGUUUUUAAUGUGAAGUCUUAUUGCUGUAUUCAUCUUAUAGUCACUGUUGAUGUAUUAGUCUGUCAAGUAAUUCAUGUUCAUUCAUUUUUCAUUUGAACUCCGUAUACAGUAUGCAUUGUGUCAUACUCCAUAUUGCAUAAUAAUUAUCAUUAUGCUAUCUUGCACUUGAAAACCAAUGAAGGAAUAUAAUCUGAAGGAAUAUAAUAAUAAGAGGGAAUAUUUUUGAGCGUAAGUCUUUUCGACUUCUUAGUUCGUUCUCACUUUUGAUGAUUCCGUACGCAAACUCAACGUGUCAUAGUUUUUAAUUUACAUCAUAAUUGAGACUCAUAACAAGUUGAAAGCCACUCACAUCAUUCAGGGAGUCACUUAAAGAAAGCGCCUAGCGAAAGAGGAGUGUUCCUACUCAGUCACGGCACCAGUUUGGCUGGUAUCUUACAGUAGUUAAGCACAAUUGAAUGAAAACGUGAGGAUUCGAUUGAGAAACGAGAGAUACCGGCCCUUACCAGAGGGCGCGACCUUUAAAUGCAUUGUUUGAAAAUCAUAGAAAAGAUUUUUCUGUGAUUAGCAAUGAAGAGUUCUGUCUUUACAUUGUGGUAAGCUCCUGAAUCGGAACGUUUUUCUCCUGUCGAAAACUCCGAGCAGAACCUCCCGUGGAUAACUCCGAGCAGAACCUCCUGUGGAUCUACAAAGGGAGUUUUCACCACCCCCUCCCCUCUCUCUUUUGAAAUGAUUGAAGAUUUGAUGUGGUAGCAACACAGCUUCUUGAACACAGAGUAUAUCAAAAACUAAGCUGACACUUCAUCGGUCAGAUCUUUGGAGUAUUAAAGAUGUAAGCUAUUAAAUGAUGCUUCCAAGGCACAUGGUGUAAUCUUUAAAAAAAAAAAAGUUGAUUUAGUAUUUAUAGAAAACUAGGACUUGGGAAGAUAAGUGUACAUUCGUGAACAAACACAGAUGAUUGUUUUGACUUGGAAACUUGGUCUCGUGGUAUAUGACAUACUGAUUACUUCCUUCAGUUCAGUAUUGAGAAAGAUAUUGCCGUUAAGGACCAUGGGACGUUAAAAAAGGGAAAGUCAAUAUGAUGUGUUUUAGCUAGAUGUGGCUUCCAUGCUUUUUGGCAGCAGAACCAGAAUGAUGUUAAAGUAUUCAGGGUCAGAGUUUUAUUUGUUUGUUUUAUUUAAAUUUUGUAAUAGCUACGUUAUUAUGUUUUGGUUUGUUUCUUUGCCUUGCAAAUGGACACCGAU